CUCCCUUCCCCUCUCUCUCUCUCUCUCUCUCUCUCUAUAGAACUAAAACUUGAAGGUUGGAACAGAGAAGGAACAGAGAGGAGAAGAGACCGUUAAUUAAAUUGUGUAAUACUCUCUCAUCUCAUCUUCUCUCGUCCGACCACAGAGCAUGUUAAAUUGAGCAAAUGGAUUUCACAAUGGCAAUUUUCACGACUUACCUCAUAUUAUCGGUCAUCCUCGUGGACUCUGUUUUGGGCAGAUUUGUGGUGGAGAAGAACAGCAUCAGCAUCUUGUCACCGUCCGAUCUCCAGUCCAAGCAUGAUGGCGCUAUAGCCAACUUUGGAGUCCCCGAUUACGGAGGAUCGAUGGUUGGCUCGGUUGUUUACGCAGAUAAAGGAUCAACAGGAUGCAAACCUUUUGAUGGUGAUAAGCCCUUCAAGUCAAAGUCCACUCGUCCCACCAUUCUUCUCCUAGAUCGUGGAGAGUGCUACUUUGCCUUGAAAACAUGGAACGGGCAGCAAGCAGGUGCGGCGGCAAUUCUGGUGGCGGACACAAUAGACGAGUCUCUGAUUACAAUGGACUCCCCGGAAGCAAACUCUGAUGCAGACGGUUACAUAGACAAGAUAGGAAUCCCGUCAGCUUUUAUACAGAAGUCAUUUGGCGAUACGCUCAAGGACGCACUAAAGAAAGGCGAAGAUGUUCUGGUAAAGCUCGACUGGUCGGAGUCAUUGCCUCAUCCAGACGAGAGGGUUGAGUACGAGCUAUGGACCAACAGCAACGACGAGUGUGGAAUCCGCUGCGAUGACCAGAUGAGUUUCGUGAAGAACUUCAAGGGCCACGCUCAGAUACUGGAAAAGGGCGGUUAUACUCUUUUCACGCCUCACUAUAUAACGUGGUAUUGUCCUCAAGCUUAUACCUUGAGCAGUCAAUGCAAGUCUCAGUGUAUAAACAGGGGAAGGUAUUGCGCGCCCGAUCCUGAGCAGGAUUUUGGUGCGGGCUAUCAAGGGAAAGACGUGGUGUUAGAGAAUUUAAGGCAACUUUGUGUGCACAGAGUUGCAAACGAGAGUAACCGUUCUUGGGUUUGGUGGGAUUUCGUGACGGACUUUCAUAUCCGGUGCUCAAUGAAGGAAAACAAGUAUACCAAAGACUGCGCUGAAGAUGUCAUGAAAUCUUUAGAUUUGCCUGUUGAGAAGAUAAAGAAAUGCAUGGGAGAUCCAGCUGCUGAUGAAGAGAACCAAGUGUUGAAGAUGGAGCAAGAGCUCCAGGUUGGACGAGGAUCACGUGGUGACGUUACCAUCUUGCCUACAUUGGUCAUCAAUGAUGUCCAGUUUCGAGGGAAAUUGGAGAGCAGCGUUGUGUUGAAGGCAAUUUGUGCCGGAUUUAAGGAAUCUACUGAGCCGCAUGCUUGUUUGAGUGAAGAUAUUCAGACCAAUGAAUGCCUUGAUCAUAAUGGUGGCUGUUGGCAGGAUCCAAAAUCUAACUUUACAGCUUGCAAGGACACGUUUAGGGGGAGAAUCUGUGAGUGCCCUUUGGUGAACGGUGUGCAAUACAAGGGAGAUGGCUACACAUCUUGCCAAGCUGUAGGACCCGGAAGAUGUUCAGUGAACAACGGAGGCUGCUGGUCUGAGAGCAGAAAUGGGAAGACAUCCUCAGCGUGCUCAGACUCCGAUCUAUCAGGAUGUCGCUGUCCAUCCGGGUUCCUUGGAGAUGGUCACAAAUGUGAAGAUGUGGACGAAUGCAAGGAUGGGUUUGUGUGUAAAUGCGAAGGAUGCAGCUGUAAGAACACGUGGGGUUCAUAUGAUUGCAAGUGCAGUGGAGAUAAACUCUACAUAGCAGACCAAGAUACAUGCAUUGAGAGAAAAGCGUCAAAAAUGGGAUUUUUCAUUAUCUUCUUAGUCUUGGGAGUCGUAGUAACAGCUUGUGUGGGCGGUUAUGUAUUUUACAAGUACAGGUUCAGGUCAUAUAUGGAUUCGGAGAUCAUGGCAAUCAUGUCGCAGUACAUGCCUCUCGACAGUAAUCACAACAAUAUUCAAGUUCAUGAUGCUGAACCACUCCGGCAAGGCUCGUCAGCGUAGAGACAGACAAACAGAAGACCAAAAUCAUCAUGUGAGUUGGUAAAAACUCGAAGAAGAAGAAUAUUAAUAGUGAAUAUUAACAUACUAUAGGGAGUGUUUCAAGUUUGUAAAAUGAGGUCUUCUUGUAAAAGGUUUUAAGUGAUAAGAGAUGCAAAGGAAAUUUCUACCAUACAUGCUUCACACAUCUUCCUCUACUGUUAUACAAAAUUUCUUGUGACUAAUAAUGGUUUGACGAUUUAAGCUAUGUGGAUUCA